AAUGACAAAUAAAAAAAGUAGGGAUGAGCGCCAUGUCUGAUUUAAGCGUAGUGUAAUAGAGAACGGGACAUUUUAACGUUUUAGCUCCAGGGUCGGGGAUCGCGUUCGGUCUCGGUAUCGAGGAUGUCCGAGGGCGCAGGUGUUCAGCAGGGCUCCCCGGCCAUCGGUGCGGCGGGAUCGGCUCCUGCGGCUCCGGGAGCCGGGGGAACGGAGGGUUCGGGCGCCACGGUAGGAUCGGCACGAAUCGCGGCGAAGAAGGCGCAGCUCCGCUCCUCCCCGCGCCCUAAGAAACUGGAGAAGCUCGGAGUGUAUUCCUCUUGCAAGGCUGAGGGGGCCUGUAAGUGUAACGGCUGGAAGAGCCAGAACCCCCCUCCCACGCCUCCCCGUACGGACCAGCAGCCCAACACUGUCAACCUGCAGGAGCCCUGCCGCAGUUGUUCCCACACACUGGGUGACCAUGUAACCCACCUAGAGAACGUCUCAGAGGAGGAGAUGAACAGGCUUCUGGGUAUAGUCCUAGAUGUGGAGUACCUGUACACAUGUGUUCACAAAGAAGAGGAUGCUGACACCAAACAAGUCUACUUCUCCCUAUUCAAGCUGUUGAGGAAAUGCAUCCUACAGAUGGGCAAACCUGUGGUGGAGGCGCAGGAAAGUCCUCCCUUUGAGAAACCCAGCAUCGAACAGGGGGUGAAUAACUUUGUCCAGUACAAGUUCAGCCAUCUUCCCUCCAAGGAGCGUCAGACCAUUGUGGAGCUGGCCAAGAUGUUCCUCAACCAGAUCAACUACUGGCAGCUGGAGACGCCCUCACAGAGACGACAGCGGGCGCCUGCUGAUGAUGCUGCCGGGUACAAAGUCAACUACACCAGAUGGCUGUGCUACUGCAAUGUCCCCCAGUUCUGUGACAGUCUACCGCGGUACGAAAUGACCCAGAUCUUCGGUCGGACCCUGCUGGGCUCAGUCUUCACUGUGAUGAGGAAACAGCUGCUAGAGCAGGCCAGGCAGGAGAAGGAUACGUUACCCCCGGAGAAACGCACUCUCAUCCUUACACACUUUCCCAAAUUCCUGUCCAUGUUGGAGGAGGAAGUGUACAGUCACAGCUCUCCCAUCUGGAGCGAAGACUUCCUGGUUGGAUCCACAGGAGGACAGAUCCCCAUCCAUACAGUGAUCAGUGCGCCCCCGGUGGCCAGGCCUCUGUACUACAGCACCAGCCCAGUAUCAGUGGACCCAUAUAGCUGUGGCAGUGUCAGUCCUGCCAGGAAGACAGCCUCUGCUCUGGAACCCAGCCCAGGUGGGCAGAAGAGGAAGCCAUCGGAGCCCAUCCUCCAUGAUGAAACUAAGAAGCUCAGGAUCAUCGGCGACAUCCCCAUGGAACUCAUCAACGAAGUCAUGGCAACCAUUACUGACCCGACCUCCAUGCUGGGACCAGAGACCAGCCUGCUGUCGGCCCACUCAGCCCGUGAUGAGGCGGCACGCCUGGAGGAGAGGAGGGGGGUGAUAGAGUUCCACGUCAUCGGGAACUCCCUCAACCAGAAGCCCAACAAAAGGAUCCUGAUGUGGUUGGUGGGCCUCCAGAACGUCUUCUCCCACCAGCUGCCUCGCAUGCCCAAAGAGUACAUCACACGCCUCGUCUUCGACCCGAAGCACAAGACGCUGUCGCUGAUCAAAGAUGGCCGUGUGAUCGGAGGAAUCUGUUUUCGGAUGUUUCCCUCACAGGGUUUCACAGAGAUCGUGUUCUGUGCCGUCACCUCCAACGAGCAGGUCAAGGGGUAUGGCACUCACCUGAUGAACCACCUGAAAGAAUAUCACAUCAAGCACGACAUCCUUAACUUCCUCACCUACGCAGACGAGUACGCCAUUGGCUACUUCAAAAAGCAGGGCUUCUCUAAAGACAUCAAGGUUCCCAAGGCCAAGUAUCUGGGCUACAUCAAAGAUUAUGAGGGAGCGACGCUGAUGGGCUGUGAGCUCAACCCCAGUAUCCCUUACACCGAGUUCUCUGUCAUCAUCAAGAAACAGAAGGAGAUCAUAAAGAAACUGAUAGAAAGGAAGCAGGCUCAGAUCAGAAAGGUCUACCCAGGACUUUCCUGUUUUAAGGAAGGAGUUCGGCAGAUUCCCAUUGAGAGCAUUCCUGGAAUACGAGAAACUGGAUGGAAACCAGUGGGAAAAGGGAAGGAGCUGAAGGAUCCAGAUCAGCUGUACAGCACACUGAAGACCAUCUUACAACAUGUUAAAAGUCACCAGAAUGCCUGGCCGUUCAUGGAACCAGUGAAGAAGACUGAGGCUCCUGGCUACUACCAAGUCAUCCGCUUCCCCAUGGACCUGAAGACGAUGUCUGAGCGUCUGAAGAGCAGGUACUACACCACGCGGAAGCUCUUCAUGGCUGACAUGCAGCGCAUCUUCACCAACUGUCGAGAGUACAACCCUCCAGAGAGCCAGUACUACAAGUGUGCCAACCUGCUAGAGAAGGUCUUCUACACUAAGACCAAGGAGGCGGGCCUCAUUGAGAAGUGAAGGGAUGGGAGGGGCUUAAAGGGAGAGUGUGGUUUAGUUCUAAUGAUUUUCAAAAGGUUUUUAUUGUCUUAGUCUUUAUUUUUCUACUCUUGUCAACUAGAAAAACAGUAGGACCAGUAGGAUAUGGUGUAGGGAGGAGGGUUUUAGGUUAAUUGGAAUACUCAAUGUCUGCUGUACUAUCACUCUCUUCUCUCUAUCCUUGUCAUACUGCCCCCUAUGUCUUUUACUGUGUUUUAUCAGUCUCUGCUUCUCCUUGCUCCACCUUGUCUUUGUUGACUCAGGAAAAUAGAUGUCAUGUAGAAACUCCACCUGUACAGCUAACCUAACCCUACAUCUAUUCAGAGUCCUACUACAUGCAGAAACUCCACCUGUACAGCUAACCUAACCCUACAUCUAUUCAGAGUCCUACUACAUGCAGAAACUCCACCUGUACAGCUAACCUAACCCUACAUCUAUUCAGAGUCCUACUACAUGCAGAAACUCCACCUGUACAGCUAACCUAACCCUACAUCUAUUCAGAGUCCUACUACAUGCAGAAACUCCAUCUGUACAGCUAACCUAACCCUACAUCUAUUCAGAGUCCUACUACAUGCAGAAACUCCACCUGUACAGCUAACCUAACCCUACAUCUAUUCAGAGUCCUACUACAUGCAGAAACUCCAUCUGUACAGCUAACCUAACCCUACAUCUAUUCAGAGUCCUACUACAUGCAGAAACUCCACCUGUACAGCUAACCUAACCCUACAUCUAUUCAGAGUCCUACUACAUGCAGAAACUCCACCUGUACAGCUAACCUAACCCUACAUCUAUUCAGUCCUACUACAUGUAGACGUCACAUCUGUAAACAACUGGACUGUCUGGGAGAAACAGGAAGGGAUAAUCAGCCAGUCAGUUACUCAGCCAUUCAGUCUGUCGGUCUCCAGAUUGGUGUUACUGGGUCGUAAUGGUGCAGGGUGAAGUUGCCCCGAGAGUCAGUUUUGCAUUUUCCCUACUAAUGGUAACCGUUAUGAUUGUGGGAUAGGAAGCUGAUCCUUGAUCUGUACCUAGAGGAAACCUCUCCUCAGGAGCCGUAGUAAUCAGUCAUUAGUUCUAAUGUGUAUGUGUGUGUUACCUAAAGCGCGUGUGAGUGUACGCAUGACGUCAUGCGAGGUCUGUGUCUCAGAAUGUAUGAGGUCAAAGUUUAUGUAUGUUAUUAGAGUUCAUCCUGCCAAAAAAAGGAAAAUUAUAUUUCAAAUCCACAUGUAUACAUUAAGUAAUUCAAGAGGUUAAACCUCUUGAAUUAUUUAAUGUAUAUUUUCUAUGUACUGUAUAUAAGUUACCCGUCUUGCUUGUCCAUGUAAAAAGUCCCAUAAGGCAAAAGGUGACCAUGGAAAUGCCCUUAUUUAUUUUUCAAGCAACUAUUCAGCACCACAUGGUGAAUAACAACAUUUUUGUUUUCCAUCGAGCCGUUUUGUGUUUUUAGGGAAAUGCACGCUAUGGCUUAUUUAACUAUGUAUAGUUCAUCCUUAUUUAUGUACUAUAAUUUAAAGGAAUAAUGCUUAACAAAAGGUCUUAAUUUAUUUUGCCUAAUUAUUUCUGUCUAGCAAAUGGAGAUUGCUACCUUUGUACUUUGAAGAUAAAAGAAAAGAGAUUGUGCAGUACUAUCUUGUUUUUUCUGUUUUGUAUAAAGAUGUUUGUACUUUUUAAACUAUAGGAUACAUCUGGAUUUUGUGAUAUGUCUGGAAGAGUUAUUACAUGGCCUUUGUACUAUUGCUUUUAAUGCCGUAGUUAUAACUGAUUUUAUAGACUGAUUAAAAUAGAAGUGAAAAUAA